AUGACCGUCUUCGAGGUUACCACGCACAAUAACCGGCCGCUCCAUGUCAUCUUUGCGGGAACGCUGGGCCUUCUGUUUUCCGACAUGUGGUAUGCCACCGUCGCAACGGUCAAGCUCGGUUGGAUGGUGAAGCAGGCGUUCUAUAUGUUUCCGACCGUGCUCCUGCUGCUGGCCUUCUGUAUUGUCUUCGAGUCACCCCGCUGGCUGGUCGCAAAGGCUCGCUUCAAUGCGGCGGAGGCAGUUAUGAUGAGUGCGGCCGCGAUCAACCACUUCCCCAUUCAUUACACGGCGUUGACACUGGACAAGCUCAAGACGGCGAUGGUCAGGAACGCCGUGCGCCUGCCUUCCAUCGACCAGGACAUGCUCAGUGGGUACUCCAUGCGGCGGCGCGCGCUCAUUUUGAGCCUUUCGUAUUUCUCCAUCACCUUCUCCGCGUUCAUCCCGUCGUUCGCUACUGAGAAUCAAAAUGAGCCCUGGUACACUCUGGGUUCGUUCUCCCUGAACCUGUUAGGCUACGCGAUAAUGGACCUGCUAAUCACUAGGCUGAGCAUACUGACUGUAAUGAAUGUGUGGUUUGCGGUGCUCGGCGUGCUUCAAUGCCUACUGAGUCUAACCGUCGGCGCGGGUGCCGGUGUUCUUAGCCAGGCCUUGAUCAUGGUGGCCAAGGCGCUCUUCUACUCCGGCUCUGUUCUUUGCUUCGUCUACACCCUCGAGCUUUUCCCUACAGCCAUCCGCGGCACGGUGGUGUGCUGGGUUUUCGCCUGUGGACGUCUAGGCGCCGUGUCUGCCACGGUAGUGCUGGAGUUCCAGAGGUUCGGGCGGUCUGACCUAGGGCACGCGGUGGCCGGCACUCUUCUUAUGGCAUCGGUGUUCGCCCAGGGUGGCCUACCGCACGCUACCGCAGUAGAAUGCACCAAGAUGGAAUACCGGCGCGCUUCGGCUGUGAGCAAACGCAGCAUGGAAUAUAUGAAGAAGACGCUUGACUCAAGGCUGCCAGACACGCCCAGAAGCAGGAAUAGUGCCGACAGCUCCAGGUAUAGCACUUCCUCUCGCAGUCAUCGACGUUCGCGUCACUAG